AAAUACUAUUCAUUCAAAGAAUCACUUCAUUUGAUCCCAAGAUAUGACACAACAGAUGAAACACAAGAAGACAUCACUCGAGACCUCAUAUGACGGCGAAGACGAAGACACACAACAGCCAAAGAUUUACGCGAAGAACUCAAUGGACAGAUUCGGUGAUGAUUUGUGUGCACUUCUGUUGUCUUAUCUCUCAUUUAAAAACCGUUUCCGAUACGAAUGUGUGUCCAAACAGUUCCAGAGGACAGUCUUCGGAAGUCCUGUCGACAUCACUCUUAACUAUGGAUUUAUUCAGAUAUUACUGAUAAAUGAGAAGACAAUUGACACCCAAUUGUUGGCCACAAUUGCCAGAAAGUGUGUAAUCAUUGAUACCAUUGACUGCCGAGGAAUAAGCGCUAUAUAUAAAGAACACAUUCCGGAAGUGUUGAACACAUUUCGAGACAAUUGCCGGCAUUUGCGGGAAAUUUACUGCAAUGGAUGGGACGGCCAAUGGAUGCCUUCGCUUUGGCCACUCGUCACACGAAUUCGUCACAAUCGCUCCGAAGACAGUGAAGCGCUCACUCAUUGUCACCGAUUGUCACAAUUAUCGAUCAAUUCAUUUAACAUAAUCUUUGACUCCAUUGAUGGCAAACUGUUGGCCAAGAAUUUGAGCAAAUUUUCAAUAUAUAGCUAUAAAGACGAUGAUAACCACCGGUGGCCGGCAUUCGUAGCCAACAAUCAGUGCCUCCAGAGUCUGGCCGUACAUUAUCGUGAUUUUAGUGUCGCCGAGAAUAUGCGCCAAAUGUGCGGACAAUUGUCACAAUUAACACAAUUACGGGAACUGACACUCGGGUUAGUGUAUCGAGUACUGGACGGCCAGAUGCCCGCACCGGUGAACCAGUGUUUGCGCACAAUUGGCGUGAAUUGCAAACAAUUGCAACGAUUGUCACUCCUAUUGCACAGAUAUAGUGCCGCCGAACCGGUGCUCACCAUAUCAUUGGAUUUGUUGAGAUUUUAUUCACGAUUAAAACGAUUGCAUUUAACACUAUUUGCGGCCACCGAUGACCAAAUGUUGGAACGGUUGCGUCACUGCAAGAGAUUAACGCAUUUAAAGCUGAUAUUAAGGGAAAUGACACCAAAUGUGGUGAAAGAU